GACGCACUCAAAAAUACUAUAUCGGGCAAAGUUUGUUUCGAAAUGCAGUCUGUGAAAGCAGAUAAUUUGGCGCCAAAUCCGCGCGAACGGGCAAGCUGUAUAUCUGCGCUUAUGUUUUGUUAUGCACUGCCUAUACUUUUUAAAGGGCGCAAGAAGACAUUGCAGCCGACUGAUUUAUACAAUGCCUUGCCUGAGCAUAGGGCCAGCAAUUUGGGCGAUGUACUUUAUAAGACUUGGCAGGCCGAAGUAGAGGCGAGUCGUCGCAAUGAAAAAGAACCCAGUCUUGUAAAAGUAAUUUUUCGGGUUUUUGGAUUUCAAUUAUUUGUUUCGGGUCUAUUGCUUGCGGUUCUAGAACUAGGGACCAGAGCUACCACGCCGCUUCUUCUGGCUGGACUUAUAUCUGAAUUUACCCGAGCUGGGAACGGAAACGAUCUGAAGACGCAACUUUAUGCGGCAGGUCUGAUCACGUGCAUCAUUGCCAGUGUCCUAAUUACUCAUCCCUUUAUGAUGGGCAUGAUGCAUCUGGCAAUGAAAAUGCGAGUGGCCAUGAGUAGCGCGGUUUAUCGAAAGUCUUUACGAUUAAGCAAGACGGCCUUGGGCGAUACAACUACCGGACAAGUUGUAAACCUUAUCUCAAACGAUUUGGGGCGCUUUGAUCGAGCACUUAUCCAUUUACAUUUUCUCUGGCUGGCACCAUUAGAGCUUCUGUUUGCCUCGUAUUUUAUGUACCAAAUGAUUGGCGCCUCCACCUUUUAUGGGAUAACCAUAAUGCUACUCUUUUUGCCGCUGCAGACAUACCUGGGAAAGCUGACAUCUGUACUACGGAUGCGUACAGCUUUGCGAACCGAUAAGCGUGUUCGCAUGAUGAAUGAAAUUAUAUUGGGAAUACAGGUUAUCAAAAUGUACGCCUGGGAGAAACCCUUUGGAAAACUCAUUGAACAGGCACGUCGCAGUGAAAUGGGCGAAAUUCGAAAGGUUAACUAUUUGCGGGGAGUUCUGCUUUCCUUUGAGAUCACACUCUCACGCAUUGCCAUAUUCGCCAGUCUGGUCGGCUUUGUGCUAAUGGGUGAGCAGCUGACAGCAGAGAAGGCCUUUUUUGUGACUGCCUUUUAUAAUAUUCUGCGUCGCACGGUUACCAAGUUCUUUCCCCAGGGCAUCUCUCAAUUGGCGGAGCUUUUGGUAUCGCUUCGUCGAAUCAAGGUAUUCCUAAUGCGUGAUGAGACAAACGUGCGUGACAAAUCAGAGGAUGUGGAAGAAGAGGAGGAGGAUGUGUUGCUGGAGAAGAAUAAGGAAUCUGGAGCACUGAUUGCUAAUAAUACAGCAGCAGUCUUAAAUGGCAAUGCAGUGAUAUCCUCAAAUCUUGAUACUGUCGAUGUGGGUGUCGAUAUAAAGCAUUUAAAGGCCAGAUGGAAUACGGACCUCAGUGAUCCCGUAUUGGAUGAUAUAAACAUGUCGUUAAAACGUCAACAGCUGGUGGCUGUCAUUGGACCUGUGGGCUCUGGAAAGUCUAGCCUUAUACAGGCUAUACUUGGCGAGCUGCCUGCCGAAGAAGGAACGCUGGAGGUGCAUGGCAGUUACUCAUAUGCCUCACAAGAACCAUGGCUCUUUACGGGCACUGUGCGUGAAAACAUACUUUUCGGAUUGGCCAUGGAUAGGCAUCGUUAUCGAACUGUGGUCAAAAAAUGUGCAUUGGAUCGGGACUUUGAACUGUUGCCCUACGGAGAUCAGACCAUUGUGGGUGAGCGGGGCGCCUCUUUGUCGGGCGGCCAGAAGGCGAGAAUAAGUUUAGCGCGUGCCGUUUAUCGAAAGGCAAAUAUCUAUCUACUCGACGAUCCAUUGAGUGCGGUAGAUACGCAUGUAGGCCGCCAUUUAUUCGAUUAUUGUAUUCGGGACUAUCUAAAGCAUAAAUUAGUCAUCUUGGUUACCCAUCAACUACAAUUCUUAGAGCAUGCUGAUUUAAUAGUCGUAAUGGACAAGGGAAAGGUAACCAUGGGAACUUAUGAGCAUAUGCUUAAUAGUGGCCAGGACUUUACGCAAUUGCUGGCGCAAAGUCAUGAAAAUUCAAAUCCAGAUUCGGAGAAAGAAACCGAGAAAAAUUCUGCAGCAGCAGGUGAUUACAAACGUCAAGAAAGUCAACAGAGCAAAGGCAGCAGCAAACGUCUGAACAGUGUCUCCUCUGUGGACUCCUCUCUGGAUUCUUCUCUGGAUAUAUCAGAAAAGAAGGAAGCCCAUCAAGUUCAAGAAGUACGCGGAGGCGGCCAAAUCGGUUUGGGGAUGUACCAAAAGUAUUUCAGCAGCAGUGGUUUUGUAACUUUCGCGAUAAUGCUAUUCCUCUGCAUAGCUACUCAGGUGAUGGCUUCGGGCGGAGAUUACUUUGUUUCGUAUUGGGUUAAAAACAACAAUCAAGAGGAUCAGACGGUGGACAUCUGGUACUUCACAGCCAUUAAUGGAGCGAUUAUUAUAUUGGCAUUGCUGCGCACAUUCCUAUUCUUUAAUGUGGCAAUGCACUCCUCAACCAAUUUACACAAUACUAUGUUCCGUGCGGUCUCCCGUGCUGCCCUUUAUUUCUUUCACACAAAUCCGUCCGGACGAAUACUCAAUCGCUUCUCCAUGGAUCUGGGUCAGGUGGAUGAAGUCCUGCCACUGGUUAUGAUAGACUGCAUACAGAUGUUUCUCACUUUGGCGGGUAUUAUUAUGGUGCUAUGUGUUACAAAUCCUUGGUACCUGAUCAACACAAUUUUGAUGUUACUAUCGUUUUAUUACAUACGCGAGUUUUAUCUGAACACGUCCCGGAAUGUGAAACGUCUGGAGGCAGUGGCACGUUCCCCGAUGUACUCCCAUUUGGGCGCCACUUUAAAUGGUCUGUCAACGGUACGAGCUUUGGGAGCACAGAAAAUGCUGAUAGCCGAGUAUGAUAACUAUCAGGAUUUGCAUAGUUCUGGAUACUAUACAUUUCUUUCGACAAGUCGCGCAUUUGGCUACUAUUUGGAUUGUUUUUGCAUCAUUUAUGUGGUCAUCAUAAUUGUGAAUAAUUUUAUAACUCCACCAACAAGUCCAGGACAAAUAGGACUGGCCAUUACACAGGCCAUGUCCAUGACUGGUAUGGUGCAAUGGGGCAUGCGGCAGUCGGCAGAGUUGGAGAAUUCUAUGACCUCCGUGGAGCGUGUAGUGGAGUAUAAAAAUUUGGAACCAGAAGGCGAAUUCGAAUCGCCAGCGGGCAAGCAACCUCCAGCUAGCUGGCCCGAAAGUGGUGAAGUUGUGGCCGAUGAAUUAAGUCUGAGAUAUAGUCCCGAUCCCAAGACUGAGUGUGUACUGAAAUCGCUAAACUUUUCCAUCAAAGCGCGUGAAAAAGUGGGCGUCGUGGGAAGAACUGGUGCAGGAAAAUCUUCUCUUAUAAAUGCACUGUUUCGCUUGUCCUUUAAUGAUGGUUCCGUAUUAAUUGAUAAGCGCGACACUGAGGAAAUGGGCUUGCAUGAUCUGCGUAGUAAGAUCUCCAUAAUUCCUCAGGAACCAGUCUUAUUCUCUGGCACUAUGCGGUACAAUUUGGACCCAUUCGAACAGUAUCCCGAUGCCAAGUUGUGGGAGGCUUUGGAUGAGGUGCAUUUAAAAGAUGCGAUCUCAGAGUUGCCCACCGGCUUGCAAAGCCACAUUUCAGAAGGUGGUUCCAACUUCAGCGUUGGACAGCGUCAAUUAGUUUGUUUGGCACGCGCAAUUCUGCGUGAGAAUCGUAUAUUAGUAAUGGAUGAAGCUACGGCUAAUGUGGAUCCUCAAACUGAUGCCUUAAUACAGACAACGAUUAGAAAGAAGUUCAAGGAUUGCACAGUUCUAACCAUUGCCCAUCGUCUUCAUACGGUAAUGGACUCGGAUAGGAUAAUGGUAAUGGAUGCAGGGCAUGUGGUCGAAUUUGAUACGCCCUAUGAGCUUUUGACAAACUCCAAAAAUAAGGUGUUUUAUGGUAUGGUUAUGCAGACGGGAAAGGCGACUUUUGAGCAUUUACUUAAAAUGGCGCAGGAGGCUCAUGAGGAAAGGACGCAACAAGGAAGGUUGGAGUAGCUCAAUAUGUUUAAAUGUACAUUAUUCCAUAUUUAAGAACAAAUGAAAAUAGCAAUAAUUUGUUGUACCUCUAUACACACGUACCUAUGUACUUAUACGAGUUUACUCUGUGAAUAUACAUACAUACAUACUAUAUAUAUAUAUAUAUAUUUAUAUA